AUGCAUAUAAUGCCAUCGUUUGUCCUCUGGACAUUCCACCUGUGCUCUCAGUGGUUCCAAGGUCUUACUGAUCUGUUACCUCACAUUCCAGAUACUGAACCAGUCAACCAUUUGGUCAGUCAGACUGGAUUAUUGCAUCCGGGAGGUAUGAAGUACUCUAAGGUAGCCCCUUGGGUCUGCAUCCCACUGUUGACAUGCCGCGGUGUCGGUGCAACGAACUCAGCGGACGGUGGCUCCGAUCUACAGCUUAAUGAGAGUCCGUUUUCUAAGAGCUGGCAGGUUCUUGGACCGUUUGAAAUAGGAACGAGGGAAUCAUCUUGGGGUGCUGACCCACUGGAAGCAUAUGGUGGCUUCCAAACGCUGCAAUAUGACCCAAAGGCCAGCUUUGACAGCUCUCUGGCACUUAACGGUCUUGCAAAUUGGUCAAUAGCUUCGACGCAUGUCAAUUCAACUGCUGACCCUCCCGAGACUAUACUCGAUAUCAAUUUAUCCCCGGAUAACUUGACAUCUCUUCAAGAAGUCUACGGCUGGGAUGCAAAGCAGUACCAAGCCUGGGCACGUGGAACAUUGACUGUUUCUAAAUCCAACUCCGUGGUCGCUUUGUAUACGGAUAGGAUCUGGGAAUAUCGAAUUGACAACAAAUCAUACUUCGGUGGGGACUUUUUUGGUUUUCGCAGAGCACCACUUCUUCUGGAUUUGUCCCCUGGAACUCACACUGUUGACCUCCGUGUGGUCCGCGAUGUCAGAGCUCUUGGAGCCGUUGGCGAACCGUUUAUCAAUGUUACGCUCAUUGCACAGGAGUUGUCUAAAACACUAAUUGUGGACGAAAAGAGUAUUCUUGUUGCGGAUGUUGUUGAAAAUCGUUUGAUUAGCCCAUAUGCUUCCGUUACUCUCCAUAAUACUAUUGGAAAUCCUGUUGAUGUGGUUGGCAUCAAGGAAGAUAGCACCCAGGCCGCCAGGUUUUCUUUGAAAAUGUUAAACAAUCAUGUGAAACUUGAGGGAGCACAAUCUCGCGCAAUUGGCUUUACAGUUGAGGCGAACGAUAAAACCAAUGUUCCAGCGUCGGUGUCUUUAUACUUCGAGUAUACGACCCCUGGUAGCUCCAGCGUUCAGAGGACGCAACCAAUGACCAUCACUUUUACAAGGAGAAAGCUGCCAGAAGUUCAACAAAAUACUUUCGUGCUGCCAGGAGGAGUAGUCUCUUAUGCCACUAUGCGGCCUCCUACAUCCUUAGAAUGCAAUAAAAACAAAAGCGCAAAACUUCCAGUUUUGCUAGGUCUUCAUGGAGCAGGACAGGCUGCAAGUGAUGAGAUAAUUCGCACUAUGCUUGAUGAUACUUGGGGAUUUGCCGACUUACAGCACUCAGUCCGAGCACUUAAUGACUACAUUAAAUACAGUGGUUGGACAGGAGUCGGGGUUAUCGACAGUGAUUGGGUUAUAGCCGGACACUCAAAUGGCGAAACAGGCCAGGGAACAUGGUAUACCAUCUCACAUUACCCCGAUAAAAUAAUUGCUGCAGCACCUGUUGCAGGUUAUACCUCGAUAGAAAACUAUGUCCCAUACUCCAUGUGGCAUAACACAGACUCAUUGCUGGCAUCUACAUUUUAUCGGGCGCGCCAGGACUUUAAACAUGAGAUUCUAGUUGAUAACUUUGCUGGAAUUCCGGUCUACCAACAGCAUGGUGCCUCUGACGAUAAUGUGGUUGUGUACCAUUCUCGGCUGAUGCAUAGGUUGUUGCAAGAGAGCGGUUCACCCUCGAAGUAUCAUGAAGUGCCAGGUAAAAACCACUGGUACACCGGAAUUAUGACUUCCGACUUCCUUAAGGAUUUCUAUCGUACAUAUGUUCAGCGCCCAAAUGCCACUGACCUUCUUCCUCAAAGAUUUUCGGUCACUCUCCCACCUGCAGGUCAUAUGGGUACCAGAGGCGGUAUAUAUGUUGAUCAAUCACAUACCCCUGACCGAGUUGGCUCUAUCGAGGUUGAGCGAAGUAUGACCAAUGACGGAGUCUGGAAGUUAAAGACACGAAAUAUCCGCCGUUUCCACCUCGAGACCAGUGCAAUCAGAUCACAUGUUCCACUGUAUAUCCAGAUAGAUGGCUCUAGAUUUACAGUCACUCCUAGCAACUCUACGACAACAUGGUACACACAAGAUGCCGCUGGGAAGUGGACAUCGGGUGGUGACUCCUGGCGUACUAUUUCACAGAGAUAUGGCAGACAGGCUGGUGUGAAUGCUUUCCUCCGCACAGAAGCGCCGUUUACUGUGACCGCUGCAGCUCAGGAAACUCGAGAUCUCGCCCUGCAAACCUGCCGAAAUUUAUUCCAGUACUUGUCAGCCGAUUGCAUCAUUUCGUAUGCUGUGCCCACUGCCGACUCCACGACUGCUACUAGCUUGGCAGGUAACAACGUCACCAUCUUGCUCGGUGCUCAGCCAAAUGGAUACACAGCGGGCGACUCUGCUAUAUCAAUAUCAGCACGAUCGCUGGAUAUCAAGACUUCCCAGGGAACAACAAGUUAUCCCUUUGAGUCGGGUCUCGGUGCUAUCUUCAUACGCCCCUUGGUAAAUGAACGUUUAGAGCUAGUUAUUUGGGGAUCCGACAUGGCCGGCCUUCAACAGGCUGCUCGUUUGGUGCCUGUCCUCACAGGAGUCGGCCAGCCUGACUUCGUGGUUGUCAACAAGGGGACCCCAUUGAAGGGACAAGGCUCUCUCUAUGCUGCUGGCUUCUUCGAUUCUGAGUGGAAAGUCUCUGCGGCCUCUUAUGUCUCUUGA